GCUGAAGGAGAGACCAAGGGCGAUAAGGCCAAAGUUAAGGAUGAGCCCCAGCGGAGAUCAGCGAGGUUAUCUGCUAAGCCCGCUCCUCCCAAGCCAGAGCCCAAACCUAAAAAAGCAGCUCCAAAGAAGAGCGAGAAGGUGCCCAAGGGGAAGAAAGGAAAAGCUGAUGCUGGCAAGGAGGGAAACAACCCUGCAGAAAAUGGAGAUGCCAAAACAGACCAGGCACAGAAAGCCGAAGGUGCUGGUGAAGCCAAGUAAAACGUGUGAAUUUUUGAUAACUGUGUACUUCUGGUGACUGUACAGUUUGAAAUACUAUUUUUUAUCAAGUUUUAUAACAAUGCAGAAUUUUGGUUUACUUUUUUUUAAGCUAUGUUGUUAGCACACAGACCGCUUCAUUGUUGUGUUCUGGGGGUGGGGGGCAAUGGGGACAAAAGCCAUUUAGUCUAUUUCUCAAAACCUAAAUUUUAAUAAGAAAAGCUUCUGCCAGUCCCCCAGUUUUUGGAAGAAGGGCCCUUCCUGCAGGGAGGAAGAAGGGAUUCCUCCCGUUGUCUCGGUGAACAUCAGAGCUCCCUCGGUGCCACCAGCCCUGCCCCGGUGUCCCCCGCUCACCCCGAGCCGUCACUCCAAACCACAGAGCUGGGUCUGCAUUGCUGCCGUCCAGCCUGGCCUGUUCUGCCUCAGAAAGGAGCUGCUCUGCCUCUCUCCCCCUGUGGACCCUCAGAUGCAGAAUUUCUGCCCCUGCAGUUCGUGCUCCCCUCCAAGUCAGGGUGGGUUUGUGCAGCGCUGUCAGACAGCGCGCCCACCCUCACUCUAAACCUCACCCGGUGCCAGCCGAACGUUCUGACGGUUUUUAGCAACUUCUCCAUUCCGGUAGUCCACAAAGGGAGGGGAGUUUGACAGUUGUUGUAAAAUGUUGCGGAUUGUAGCCCAUGUCCUGCCUAAAUUACCAUGAUUGUUCAUGAAAAGUACCUUUAAUAAAGCUGGAUACGGUUUGGCUUGGACUGUU